CGCCGCCGCCGCUGCAGACUCCUCCUUUUCGAUCCCUUCACAAAGCGCCGCCGUCGCCCCAUCGAACAUGGCUCCGAAGAAGGAUAAGGCCCCGCCCCCGUCGUCGAAGCCCGCCAAGUCCGGCGGUGGCAAGCAGAAGAAGAAGAAGUGGAGCAAGGGAAAGCUAAAGGAGAAGGUGAACAACGCGGUGCUGUUCGACCAGGCUACCUACGACAAGCUGCUCUCUGAGGUGCCCAAGUACAAGCAGAUCACCCCCUCCAUCCUAUCCGAGCGCCUCAGGAUCAAUGGCUCCCUGGCUCGGAGGGCUAUCAAGGACCUGAUGGCGCGUGGCCUCAUCCGGUUGGUCUCGGUUCACUCAAGCCAGCAGAUCUACACCAGGGCAACAAAUACCUAAGGAUGGGAUUCCCUUGUUUGCCCUCUCUGUAGGAGCUCGUCUUCUUUAGAACAGUUGCCAUCUCUGUCAAGAGUUUGCUAAUGCUAUGUUAGAUGAGUUUCUCACGUGGCUGAAACGUUUCAGAGAGUUUGCGUUAGUUUGGCUUGCCUAUUAUACCUUAUCUGGCCUUAGCUUUUUCUAUGGAAAUCUGCCUUGAAAUGUCUGAUCCGUGAUUAUGCAACUCUAUCUAAACUACUGUUAUGCUGCAAUUCUGUCAACUUGUCUGACCAGCAA